UCGCAAAACCCUAACGGAAAUCGUAGAAAAAUCAUUCCUAAAUUUCUGGAAAACUUUUGGACGGUGCUCUCAAGAUUUCUCAAGAAUCAGAACAUGGACUACAAAGAUAGACUUAUUCAACAAGCUAUGGAACAAGACAAAGGGCAAAUGCGUCAUCCACUCUCUACCUCGUUAAGUCGAUACUCAGUCCCUUCAUCCUACUCUCAAGAUCUUCGCAGGGAAGUCUUAAUAGAGAUGGAGAAGGAAAAAAUCAUAGAGGAGCUGAUGAUUUACGAGAUUGCGAGAAAAAGGGUCCUCGAAGCUGAGUUGAGGAGUGAGCUCUUGAGGUGGGUCCCGCCUAUGGGCAAAAGUGGAAAUGGGGCAUUUUUGGAAGAAAGAGUGAGGAUGGUGGUGGACGAGGCCAAGAAGGAAAAUGGAAGGACGGGUGGUUUGAGAAUCCCCGAGGUUAAGCCUGUAUGCAGAGAGGGCAGUAAAGGAAAGAAACUCAUUAUUCUGGGCAAGCCUGAUGUAAAUGUUUCUGGACUUAAGGGGAAGGAAGUCAAAGCAGAUAACAGUAAUGUCAGAUUUCAAACACUGCCAUUUGUAAGUUAUGCGGAUUUGGGAGUUUCUUCGGAAAUUAAGCCUGUCCACAGUGGGCUUGACGAGAAACAAAAUGUUAAGGGGAAGGUUGAUGAGAAUAUAACGGGAUUAAAGAGGAAGUCCGUGUCACCACCAGCUCAAGUGACAGGUGGCAUCUGGAACAAAAAGCCUAAAGCAGAUUGGCAUUGUUCCACUUGUAACGUCAACUGCACCGGCCAACAAUCUUUUGACGCUCACCUUCAGGGGAGAAGACACAAGGUGAAGGAGAAGGCCGCACUUAGAGGCAACAAGGCUGGUAAAAACUUGUGCAUUGAUUUUCCCAAGAAAGCUGAGGAUGAAAUGAGAGUUGCUGAAAUUGAGGAUAUAGCUGAAAUUGAGAAUGAAGGUUUGAUUAAUUAUGGUGCAAUUGUCCCAUAUGUUGAGCCACCUGCUCCUGAUGCUGAUGUGGAGAAUUUCUUAACUGCUGAGGGUGAAAACAUCGUUGAGACCAAUGGAGAACGUGCUGUUGCUGGAGGUGGUGAACUUGAGAACAUAACAGAAAUUGCCCCUGAUAUUGGUGCUCUUUGGCAGAAUCUACCACUAUUGAUCAAUGAGGCAUACGUUGAUGCGGAUAAAAGAAAAAAGUGUCCUUGCUAUGAAGGGAAGAUGAAGUGAAGAAUAUCUGUGGACUUGCUCAGAGUUUUGGAAUGCGUCAUUUAGUGUGUACGGUGUAACCAAUGACUGAUUUUUGGAGAUAGAUAGGUUUUGUGUAUUUUAAUUCUAAUGCAAGAAGAUGAAUGUUAAUUAAUCC